GCGGUGUCAACUCUGAAUAACGGAGGGGAUUAAAUAUGGAGUUCUUGGAUGAAGACGCCAGGCCUCGAUUCCUCUUCCAAUCACGUCCUCAACCUUCAUCAUCUCCCGACAAUGAUGAUAACACCAGCUUCAAUAAACCCUCUAAAACCUUUCUCUUUAUUUCCAUUUCUAUCUCUUUCCUUCUCUUCUUUAUCUCCUUCUUCUUCCUCCAAAGCGAGCCCUUUAAAUCCCUCAUCUUAUGGCUAAUUCUCUCCCUCCUUGUUGGCCCUUUUGCCCCCCCGCAGAUCACUGGUGGUCACACUCGCGUCGGUUACGGUCCAAUCCUUGAGAACCCUGUUCAAGAUCAGCAGAUCGAACCUGAAAUAAAGAAGAGACCAAAUAAAAACCGAUCUUCAAUCAAUAAGUCUCCGGAUUUUCAUGCUAGUCAUGUUCCGGCUAUUGAAAACGCAAAUGGAUCAAGUGGGUUUGUGCCAAAAGAAAAGAAAAGUCAAAUUUUGGAACACAAGGGGAACGGGGUUGGUAGAAAUGAGGAAGAGAAGGACUGGACUGAAGAGGAUAUUGAGAUUUUGAAGAAACAGAUGGUGAAGAACCCGGUUGGGAAGCCGAAGCGAUGGGAAGUGAUUGCUGAGGCUUUUAAUGGGAGGCAUAGAGUGGAGAGCGUGAUAAAGAAAGCGAAAGAAUUGGGAGAGAAAAAGAUUGAUGAUAGUGAUUCGUAUGAGCAAUUCCUGAAGAAUCGGAAGGCAUUAGAUGUGAGAAUGCAAGACAAAAAUGAAGGGUUGGUGAUGGAGAAUGGUGAAGAAAGUAGGAAAGAUGAUAAAGAAAAUGGUUGGAGUGCUGGAGAGGAUAUAGCAUUGCUUAAUGCAUUGAAAGCCUUUCCUAAGGAAGCUCCAAUGAGGUGGGAGAAGAUUGCGGCUGCUGUGCCUGGCAGAUCAAAGGCUGCUUGUAUGAAGAGAGUUGCUGUAUUGAAAAAGGAGUUUCGGAGCUCUAAAGCUGGUGCCGAUAGCUAAGAGAUUUGUGGUGUUUUCUUUGAGUUUUGAAUUACAGAAGCCAUCAUUGAGGUAACUGAUGGUUCAUUACAAUUUUUUUUUCUUUUAUCAAAUCAAUAUCAUUACAUGUACUGGAUUAAGGAUUGAAGUCCUUGAUAGUUUUGUUGGUGACUUAAGAGACAUAAAAGUAAUUUGUAAAACAAAUGUUUCAAUAUGUAAUCCGGUUGGCAUUUUUUUUUUUCAAUAAGAUUAAGCUUGCGGAUGUGGUGAUUUUGAAUAGCUGGUUGAUGAAAUUUAUUUGGUAUUGAUCUUUA